AGGCCACCCCAUGGAGAACAAACCUACUAGCACCUGCCAGCCAGCCAGGAAUGGGCCUGGGCACCCACUAUUUGGGAGGGGAAACCAGACUACUCGAUGCCCUGGGAAGCCUCUAGGCAGUCCCCAGGGGUGGGAAGACCAAGCUAAAUUCAAGGCCAUCCUCCAGGCCCACCCUCCCAAGGGCCUGAACACUAGCACAUUUGGUCUCCUUAGCACCAGUAGCCACUGUUUACCAUCUGGCAGCCCAGCCAGUCCCUUCCCCCUCUGGUGGGGAGAGCCCUCAAGGACAGUAAGGGGAGAUAGGCUCUGGGGCCCAGUAUAGAAAGAGCUCUUUGAGAAGGCUGCUUAGACUCGGGCUCUGCGGGUGCUGGGCAUUGUCCCCCAAGGUCACCACAGAGGAGAUAGGUCCUACCUCCUGCACAGACAUCCCACCCUUUGUCCCAUUUAAGCCAAGGCAGUGCUUCCUCUGGCAGCACCCAUGAUGCAUGGCCUGCCUCUCCAUUUCCUGGCUCUGUUGCUGGCAGCUGGGACCCCUGGAGCAGCAGAGCUAGCUGCCAGCACAGGGGGUCUCAUCUUUCGCGAUGAUUGGGACUGGCGGCCAUCAGGCAGCCCAGGGGAUCCCCUGUGCCUGGUGACUCUGGGUGGGGGCAGCAACCACAGUGGAGUCCCCAUGAAGGUGGCAGGGUCCCUGAGCAGCUAUGAGUGGGCCUUCCUGAGGGCUGUGCAGCAGGCUCACUGGGAGCCCCAAGACUUGGCCACCUUCGGGGUCUGCAACCCAGGUGACAAGCAGGCUUCCCUGCCCCUUCUACAGCGCCUUGGGGCCUGGCUGGGGGCACCACAGGGGCAGCGGCUGCUGGUCCUGCACCUGGAGGAAGUGAUAUGGGAGCCAAUACUCUCGCUGAGGUUCCAAGAGCCCCCACUUGGAGGAGCUGGUCCCCCAGAGCUGGCGCUGCUGGUGCUGUACACCGGGCGUGGCCCCGAGGUCACUGUUGCCGGGGCUGGGCUGCCCGGCACCCAGAGCCUCUGCCCGUCCCGGGACACCCGCUACCUGGCACUGGCCUUGGACCGCCCGGAAGAAGCCUGGCACGGCUCCGGGCUCGCCUUGACCCUGAGGUCCCGCGGAGACGAUGCUGCCCGCACAGAUACCCCCCUGAGUACCACCCAGUUGCAAGUGCUACUGUUUGGCGACAACCCCCGCUGCUUCACGCGGAUGGCCCCUGCCCUGCUCCUGCUGCCCCGGUCCCAGCCCACGCCGCUCCCCGUGCAUGGCAAGUUGGAUACAGUACCCUUUCCGCCGCCCAGGUGUGCGCAGGCUCAAGUUGGGGGAACAGGGGUUGGUGGGGGAGGCGUUGCCUGGCGCCCGCUCUUAACUUCCCCCACGACGGGUUUCAGGCUGUCCCGGGGGCCUGAGGAGCCGCCGCCCAGCGCGGACCCCUUUCUGGAGACGCUCACGCGCCUAGUGCGCGCGCUGCGGGUCUUUCCGGCCCAGGCCUCGGCGCCGCGCCUGGCCUUGGACCCGGAUGCGCUGGCCAGUUUUCCGCAGGGCCUGGUCAACUUGUCGGACCCCGAGGCACUGGAGCGCAUGCUCGACGGCGAGGAGCCGCUGCUGCUGCUGCUGCCGCCUGUCGUGGCCACCGACGCGAACCCCGCGCCGCCGCAGGGCCCAACGUCGGCUCCGUGGGCUGAGAGCCUGACGCGACGAGUGGCUGCCGAGCUACAAGCGGCGGCCGCCGAGCUGCGCGGCCUCCCGGGCCUGCCGCCGGCUGUGGUUCCGCUGCUGGCGCGCCUGCUUGCCCUGUGCCCGGGAGAGUCUGGCGGCCCCGGCGGGCCGCUGCGUGCGCUGCUUCUCCUGAAGGCGCUGCAGGGGCUGCGGGCAGAGUGGCGCGGGCGGGACCUGCGCGGGCCGGGCCGGGCGCAGCGCAGCGCUGGGACUGCCACCACCGACGGGCCGUGCGCGCUGCAGGAGCUCAGCGUGGACCUACGCGCCGAGCGCUCGGUGCUUAUCCCUGAGACGUACCAGGCCAACAACUGCCAGGGCGCGUGCGGCUGGCCGCAGUCCGACCGCAACCCGCGCUACGGCAACCAUGUAGUGCUGCUGCUCAAAAUGCAGGCCCGCGGGGCCGCCCUGGCUCGCCCGCCCUGCUGUGUGCCCACCGCCUAUGCCGGCAAGCUCCUCAUCAGCCUGUCGGAGGAACGCAUCAGUGCGCACCACGUGCCCAACAUGGUGGCCACCGAAUGCGGCUGCCGGUGAGCCCGCGCUGUGCGGACUACUGCCCUCAGGAGCCCGGCGCGCCCCUCCCCCAUAUUUAUUCGUACCCUAGGCAUCAUCUCAAUAAAGACCAGCAGUCACCUGG